AUGGCCCAGAUGAUGGUGUUAAACCAGGCAACAGAUCAAAUCCACCACACUGAUAAUAGAAACAACUUUCCAAGUGAAAAUAAGAUCUUCCGUGAAUCAUCUGAAGCCUAUUUUGCUGAAAAGAGCAAACUAAAGGAGUUGGUCUCGCAGAAGGAGCUUGCUGAGAAAAAAUAUUUAUUAAACAUUGAGAAGAAAGACAAGCGGAUUAAAGUGUUAACACAAAAUUUUGAAGGCAAUAAACAAAUGUUGUCAGAACUGAAAGAAAAAUUCAACUCACUGCAGAAAGAAAUGCACAAGCUAAAGCCAUUUGACUGUGGCCAUACUGGGGCAGUCUGUGGUGACCAUUUAGAUUACUCUGUUACUUCUCCACCUCCAAACCUUCCAUCCAAAGAUGACGAGAUUGCACGUAUAAUUAGUGAAAUGGCUUUACCAAUUAUGUUGUCUCCUAUCCCAUCAGAACAUAACGAAGAGGAUGAUGAAAAUUCAUUCUGCAGCCUUCCAGAUCAGAAUAGUUGUGAUGAUGGUUCUGUUGACCACUUUGCGGAAAUGUUGGAGACAGAAUUUCUCAAAGGAGUUGAUGCUGACACUGAAACCAAUAAAGUGCAAGGUGCUGUGAUGCUACCAAAUGAUAAUUCUUGCCAUCUUUUGCAAUCUCCUCAGAAAGAGGAUCAUUUACAGGUUAAUCAUUACCAAACAAAUGAAAAUGGUAUCAAUGCUACCACAAUUGUCUGUGAUAAAAAUAGUGAAAGUGGUAAUGGUCAUGCGAAUGCUGAACAAGGUUGCAUGAAAAAAGAUUUAGAAGAUGAAAAUUCUAAACAGUUGGAAAGUGUUCCAGACACAGCAAUCCGUACAGACGUUAUCCAGAUAAAUGACACAGAACUUUUGCCACGUUCUGCUAAUAUAAAUUCUGGAGAUGUUUCUUCAUCUGAUUCUGUAACAUAUCACAGCGUUGCUUAUAAUUACACUGAUACAACGCCAAGUCAUGGUGAAACAUUGUUAAAUGAUAAAAUCAAUACAAAUCCACCAGUACCAAGAAAACGUUCAAAUUUGUUGGAUGAAAACUUAAAGAAAUCUAAAGAAAAUAAGGAGCAGGAUAUAACUAGUGAAUCUUUGGUUGAAUAUCAGAAUGAUAAUGAUAAUAAAUGUGAUGUCAAGUGUGGCUAUAAUUCUGAUUGCAGCAAAGCAGAUUCAAACAAAAUUUUGCAAAACCAUAUUGCAAAAGAUUUUAGUCAAACUGCUGAUAAUUCAAAGUUUGGUUCUGUUACAUUCCUUGAAGAUGCUUAUAAUAACACUGAAACACUUUCAGUUUGUGGUGUAAUGUCUUUAGAAAAUGAAAUUGAUGCAAAUUUAUCAGCUCAAAGAAAAUGUUCAGAUUUGUCUGAAGGUACCUUAAAGAUGUCUAAAGAUAGGAAGAAGAGGAAUUUCCAUAAAGAAUCUUUGGCUAAAAAUCAGAAUGACAAUGAUAGAAACAAAUCUAAUACCAUGUGUGGUGAAAACUCUGAUUAUAACAAAAUGAAUUCAAAAGAGGUUUUAGGAAACCAUAUUGAAGAAAAUUCCAGUGAAACUGUUGAUUUUAAGAUUGAGCCACCGUCUGCUAAAAUUCCUGCAAUAACAAAAGAUUUAUCAGCAGCAGACUUGAGGUCAACUAUUUCUGAAACAUUGCAGCUAACUCCACCUCCACAUCACCAAAAUCACAUCAUUAAUUCUCAUCAUUCACAGAAUAACUCCCAAACUUUAGAUACUGAAAAUUUUAAAGAUGAAAACCCAGCAGUUAAAAAUAUUUUGGAUGAUAAAAGCCUUCUUCAUGAAUUUUCUUUGUCUAAAGAUGAUAAAUCUUCAAAUCUUUCCUUGUUUUUUAACAAAUCAGGCAUUAAAUUGAACAAUUCAGAAACUCACUUUAACAAUUCAGAGACUAAAGUCAAUAAUUUAGAAACUAAAGUUAAUGAUUCAGAAACUGAAUUUAACAAUUCAGAAAUUAAAUUCAGUAAUUCAGAAACUAAAUUCAGCAAUUUGGAAACUAAAGUUAAUAACUCAGAAACUAAAUUCAGCAAUUCAGAAACUCAAUUUAAUGAUCUAAAAACUAAAUUUAACAAUCCAGAAACUAGAUUUAACAAUCCAGAAACUCAAUUUAACAAUCCAGAAACUAAAUUUAACAAUCCAGAAACUAUAUUCAACAAUCCAGAAACUAAAUUUAACAAUCCAGAAACUAAAUCUAAUAGUCCAGAAACUAAACUUAACAAUCCAGAAACUAAAUCUAAUAGUCCAGAAACUAAAUUUAACAAUCCAGAAACUAUAUUCAACAAUCCAGAAGCUAAAUUUAACAAUCCAGAAACUAAAUCUAAUAGUCCAGCAACUAAAUUUAACAAUCCAGAAACUAUAUUCAACAGUCCAGAAGCUAAAUUUAAUAGUCCAGAAACUAAAUUUAACAGUCCAGAAACUAAAUUUAAUAGUCCAGAAACUAAAUUUAACAAUCCAGAAACUAAAUUUAAUAGUCCAGAAACUAUAUUUAACAAUCCAGAAGCUAAAUUUAAUAGUCCAGCAACUAAAUUUAACAAUCCAGAAACUAAAUUUAACAAUCCAGAAACUAAAUUUAAUAGUCCAAAGCUAAAUUUAAUAGUCCAGAAACUAAAUUUAACAAUCCAGAAACUAAAUUUAAUAGUCCAGAAACUAAAUUUAACAAUCCAUCCAGCAACUAUAUUCAACAAUCCAGAAACUAAAUUUAACAAUCCCAAAACUAUAUUUAACAAUCCAGAAGCUAAAUUUAAUAGUCCAGAAACUAAAUUUAACAAUCCAGAAACUAAAUUUAAUAGUCCAGAAACUAAAUUUAACAAUCCAGAAACUAAAUUUAACAAUCCAGAAACUAAAUUUAAUAGUCCAGAAACUAAAUUUAACAAUCCAGCAACUAUAUUUAACGAUCCAGCAACUAUAUUUAACAAUCCAGAAACUAAAUUUAACAAUCCAGAAACUAAAUUUAACAAUCCAGAAACUAAAUUUAACAAUCCAGCAACUAAAUUUAACAAUCCAGCAACUAUAUUUAACAAUCCAGCAACUAUAUUUAACAAUCCAGAAACUAUAUUUAACAAUCCAGAAACUAUAUUUAACAAUCCAGAAACUAUAUUUAACAAUCCAGAAACUAAAUUUAAUGAUUCAGAAAUUAAAUUUCACAAUUCUAAGGAAAGACAUACCAUAUCAGCUUCUCUUCCUAAAAUAUCUGAAACAGUUAUUGCUAAUAAUGAAUUGGAAGAUCUAAAUGAUAGAACUAGUUUGGUAUCCAAUGAACCAGCAGCGCUGAAACUCCAAGAGAAAGUUUUUACCGAGAUUAACAAUGGAAAUACUUCCAGUGAAGAAUUUAAUGAUUUUAGUGAUGAUUCUUUAGAUUUGGAUUACAACACCUCUAAGAAAGUGGGCUUUCAAAGAAAUUUAGUAGAAUAUGUAGCUAAUGGUGAGACAAAAGAAGGUGACCUGAUUAAAAUUGAACAUUCAUAUGCAUUAGAAACUAUGAACAAUGAAGAUAGCUUGAUAUUUUCUGAUUCACUCUCUGAGCAAGAAAUAGACUCAAGUUCAGCUAAAUGUUAUACAACAAAACCUAAAUCUACUACCUCUAUAAAUGACUUGUUUGGUAUUUGUAGCUCAGACUCUGAAAGUGAGAAGCAAUUUUCAAAUAGUGAUAUUCCUUUAAAAUCUGUAAAUAAUAGUGAUAGAACAGAAACCAGUACAAACUCUGAUGACCCAAAUUCCCAAAUGUUUCCGGUGAAAUUAAAGGAAUUACAGUCUGAAGAGAAGACAAUGCCUGAAGAUAAAAAUCGGCUGAUCCGAUGUGACUCUUUUAAUACAUCUCUAGAUGUUGAUGAUAAUAAUGGAGAUUCACAGAUGCCAAAUUUCAGCAUUGAGACAAAUAUGGAGCAUAAAAAAGAUACUGCAACUGGAACAGCUUGUGGAGACAUCAAAGAAAACGGUAAACCUUCCCAGAAGGUUGAAGAAGCUCCAUGUAUAAGAACUAAUUUUGUAAAUAAUAAACCAUCAUCUCAUAUUAAAUGUUCUGUAACGUUUCUCCAACAUUCUACUUCAUUGUUGGAUUCUAUAAAAUCUAAGAACGAAGCAGUAGAGAAUGGGAAGAACGAUUCUGUGAGUUCAAAACAAUUAGGAAUUGAACAGGUCUUUGGGUUCUGUCACAAUACUGAGGAAUCCCAGUCAGAAAACAUAGCAAAUGAUACAACAUAUCCAAAGAUCUUUGCUCGAGAAUCUAAUGAAACUGCUUCUAGUAACGAUAUUCUGACAUUAAUUGAAGAGUUCAUUUUAGUUGCUCCUCUGAUAACUCCAUUUCCAGAUACUUUAGAAUUUAUCAAAAAACAUUCUUCACACACAGAUACAGUCAACAGUAAGUUUGCUGUUGCUCAAAUCUCAAUAAAGAGUUCUGUAGAGAACACUUUGCCUCCACAUCUGUCCAUCAACUUUAGGAAAAGACCAACUGAAAAUUCCAUUCUACCAAUAAACAGCAGUGGAAACAAAAAUCAUGUUAACAGUCAUGAUGGCAAAUACCCUGAUGAACCGGUGCUAAAGAGCAACAAGCAAACUCCUGAGAAAGUAUUCAAUCUUUCCCAUAAUUCAUCAUCUGACGAAAAUGUCCCCAGCAAAAUCUCAGCAACAUUUGCUCACAGAAGGAAAUUAUUAAAUAAAUCCAGGUCCUUAAAUCGAUCACAUCAUCAUCUUUUAAGCAAGAAGACUGGUCAGUUGAAAGAAUUCAAAAAAGAGUCUCACAUUACAGCCUUCCAGACAACUGAGAAACUGACCAGAAAACAAGUUCAGUUUGAAUCUAUUUCUGAUCUGAAGUUAAAGAAGGCUGAGGAAAUUAAGAAGUGUUUUGUCAAAGCUGGAGAAGUUAUUGGGGAUAACUCUGUUACCACUUCAGAAAGUAAACCUCCAGAAACUUCCAAUGUAGAUAUAAUAUGCAAAAGUGUCAGUCAGAAAAAGCACAAAAGAUUGAAUAUUGAUAAAACAUCAGAAGAUUCCACUGAAGAACAGCUCCCUAAAAGACAGUGUAAAGAAAACCGAGUGAUUGCUGAGAAAAACAGAUCAGCUUCUCAUAAAGUUGAACGAGAGCUGGUAAAUUAUUGGAAGUCUAUUUCAUCACCACCAAGUGGAACGAUUGAGAAAAUAUUUAACUCCAGAUUAGAACCAGCAUUAGUUAUAAACAGCCUGGUGUUGCAAAUUGUCAAGUUGCUGGAGGCAAGCCAGCAUGAAAUGGUCCAGUGGUACUAUAUCCACUCUAAUGCAGGACAACCAACACCUUACCUGAGUGAAAAAGAAACUAGACUCUUUCAUCUUAUCAGUGUUCUAAAUGAUCGACCAGAUGUAAAUGAUUUUAUCCCUAAACUCUGUGAUAGUAUUCAGAAAGCUGUGUACAACUAUGGCAAGGAAUCAAACCAUUUAGGAAGAUGGUCUCUUUGCCGUGUAUAUAUUGCUUUAUGCCGUCUUCAAGGUCAACUUAGUACGGCCCGUAUUUUCUUUUAUAACAUAUUAUGCCAGCUGCCCUCUCCUCAGUACAUGCUGUUUGCUUUAACCGUCUCUGCUACAUGGCCUUUGGUGUUGACUUUUAACAGAGAAGGUGGACAUGUGACUUUACCUCAAGUUAUUGAACACGUGGUAGUUAAUUCAAUCAAAGGAAAACAUGUAGAUAAAAAGAUUCUGCGGUGUUUACAUAAACUGUGUGGGUGGACUCUUCAAGCAGAAAGCAGGAAAAAUGAGGUCCCACGCCAGCUUUUAGCACAACUUCAGGGUUGUCUUGAUGCUACAAUGAGCAGAGAUGAUACAUUCCGUCUAAUGAAAGGAAUCGAACUGCUGAGUCUCCAAGAGAAUUGGUCCUGGACGAACAGUCUAAUUCGGAACCGUAUCGGUCCUUUGUUAAAAAAAUAUCUCUCAGUUGAAGAACCAAGUGAAUCGGUCACUACUGUCUUGUCUUUCAUACUUGAAAUGUUAGGUAAUUUGUAUUUACAUGGUCAGACAAGGGACAAAACUGCAUGCUAUGCUGUGAAUUACCUCCUGAAACCACUCUUAGCCUCUAAAAAAGUUCCUCAACAGAUCAACUUAUGUUGUGCUAAUGUAUUACUAAAGUUGUUUCCAUUUGAUCCUGGCACAGUAUAUCCAACUUUAGAAAUCUGGCUCAGUGAAAAUCCAACAGAAAUUACAUCAAGUUUGGCUGAAACAUGGGCCACUAUAAAACACAAAAUAAACAACUUCAAAACAUAGUAUGACCACCAGAGAAAACAGCAGGCUAAGAUGUUAUUAAAAAUAUCUGCAUAAUUAUCAUUUGUAUUUAAUUAAUUUGUACAUUAAUAAUUUAAUAAUUUGUAUAUUAUUUAAUAAAACAGACUGAUUUUAAUUUUUCAUUGAAACAUAAAGAUGUCUUGAUUAUAUAUUUGUAUAUUUUAGUAUGAUCAGAAUCUUGUCAAAUUUCCAAAGAAAAGAAAAAGAAAACAAAGAAAAAAAAAAACGAUUAAA